AGGCUGCUAUGCGCGCUCACGCGGAGCGAUAUAUUGCGCCGCUUCGCCACCAAUCGAGUAUACUUCAGUUCACUCCCAUGUCACUGCAUUCAGAAGGCGCUCCCCCUGCGCCCAUGCAUGACAUAGGGAAGCCAGAGGUCCUUCAUGCGGGAUUCCAUGUUAGCCAUCUACGCCCUGCACGAGGCGGCAGAAGCGCAAUCCUAUCGCAUGCUUCGUCAACCUAUCGUUUAGCACCGGUGGCAGUCCAGGUAUAAAGAUCUCUCGCGCCAAUCCCCCUCCUGUUAAAUCGAUUGUCGGUUCCCCUCUACUUCUUGACACCUCUCACCAUGUCGUAUGCUCUUUUGGCAGCAGGCGCGGCUUGCAUCUUGCUCGUCGGGAAUGGCCUCUACACCCUGCUGUGGCAUCCCCUCGCCUCAUACCCUGGCCCACGACUUGCGGCGUUGACGAAGUGGUACCGCGCGUACUUCGACCUCGUCCACGAUGGCGGUUGGCUUGAGCACCUGGAGGAGCUUCAUCGUCAGUAUGGCCCUGUCGUACGCGUCGCUGCUUCUGAACUACACUUCGCGGAGCCCGCAGCAUACCAUGACAUCCACAACUUCACAAACCGUUUUGCAAAGGACCCCGAGUUGUAUCGUGCCUUCGACCUGCCACAGGCGUCCUUCGGGCAGGUGGAUCCUGUCGCGGCGAAGACCCGCCGCGACACCUUGGGACCACUCUUCUCACGUCAAGGUAUUCGCAAGUUCGAGUUCGUCAUUCAGGAUAAGGUCGACCUCCUCGUCAACCGCCUCAUCGAGGAGGGCUCCACCCGCCAGCCCGUCAACCUUUUCCUCGCCUUCCGCUCCUUCAGCUUCGACACCAUCAUGUCCUACUGCUUCGCCACCUCCUACCACUCCCUCGAGCACGAACGCUUCGCCCACCCCAUGAUCCCCAUCAUCUUUAAGGUCAACGUCCUCACCUGGACCCUGCGUUACUUCCCCUUCCUCAUGAGCCUUGUGCGCUACGGUCCGCGCUUCAUCACCUCCCGGCUCUCGCCCGUAGCCGUUGGCUUCCAGGGCCUGUUCGACCACUUUGACAAGCGGGUGGAUGAGGUGUUGAGCGAGCCGGAGAGCCUAGGGGCCGCCGGGCAUGAUACGGUAUUCCAUCAUCUGAUCAAUGGGAAGAGAGAGAGACCGAGCAAGGAGGUGCUGAUCGAGGAGGCAAUCACACUGUUUGGGGCGGGGAGCGAGACGACGGCGGCGGCGGUGACAACGGCGAUUUUCCAUGUUCUGAACGACAAGCGCAUCCGCGAGAGGGUGAUGGAGGAGCUAAGGGAGGCAUGGCCAGAUCCGACGAUGCGGUUGUCGGCGCAGGAGAUCGAGAAGCUGCCGUAUUUGACAGCUGUCAUCAAGGAAACGUUGAGGUUCGCGCCAGGUGUCGUCACUCCUGCCCCUCGCAUCGUGCAUCAGGACUCCGUCAUCGCGGGCCACCCAAUUCCUGCUGGAACGACCGUGGCCAUAGGUGCCACAUUCGUGCACCUUAACCCGGAAAUCUACGAGGACCCAAAGAGGUUCAAGCCCGAGCGAUGGCUGAAGGAGGGCGCGCAGGCACUCGAGAGUGCAUACUUUAUCCCCUUUUCGAAGGGCCCGAGGAUGUGUCUGGGGCAUUACCUUGCGUGGUGCGAGAUGUACCUCGUCCUUGCGAACGUCCUACGCAAGACGGAUAUCACUGUGUUCGAGACCGAUGAGACGGACUUUGAGUUCCGUCAAUACUGGAUGCCCAUCUUCCGAGGACGACAGCUGAAGGGGUUCGUCGAGCCGAGAAUUGACUAAAGGUCGAUGAUGUGGAUUAGACGCCUUUGAAGGCACCCCACUGUAUUCGUAAUUGCCUGUAGCCCUAUGCAAACCAUCUUGUAUACCAGCAGAACCUUCACAAACUCCUUUACCUGCCUCCCAGUAUGGGGGCGCUAUGC